CGCACGUAAUAAGAUUGUGGAAUUUCAAGGUGGACGGAUGAGUUUCAAAAAAAGUUUUUAAAAUUGCUUGUCCCAAAAACGUUUUUCGGACAGCUGUCCCAAAAUAUAUGCACGCCUUAUCCAACACAGCUCGCCCUGCCCCCAACGACAGGCAACACUGAGUUAACUGUAAUCAGCUGGUUUUUGUUUAUAGUUUUGAGGAAAACACAAUUAUUCGACGAAAAUUGCGUUUUUUCACGACUAUCCAACGCAAUAAUACUACGAAAUGGGUACCUGGGUGCUGGAGGUGGCCAAGAUGGGCAUGUACAUGGCCUUUCCGGUGACGCUGUUCCACCUGUUCAACCAGCCGGAAUACUUUGAAGAAUGGGUGACCAAGAAGAAGCGGGAACUUUAUCCGCCGGAGAGCAAAAGCCACCACGAGGAGCUGCAGCGGGCGAUCCGGGAACACCACGCCCAGCACGACGCCAAAAUGAUGCGUGCUAUGGAAGAGGCGGAGGGCAAGCAGCAGAAGUAGAUGAUUCACCAGCACCAAUCCUGCUAAUCCCAGGUUAUAUAACCGGGGGCAAGCAAACAACCGAUGCUCCGGAUGGAAGUGACUAACUGCUCUGUAACGACGUAAUAAAAACAUUUUGUAUUAAACCGAA